GCAGCAUUUCCUUACCGUCCGACACCAUGUCCUACGUCAUCUUCGGCAAAAAGAUUGCGAGCGAGUACAUCUCCAUCGCCGUCCUCGGCGGCACCGCUGCGAUCGCCAUGGCCGCGUCCGGCGGCUCCAAGAAGGACCAGCCGAAGAGCUUGGCGGAGAAGGUCGAGAAGGCGGUCCCCAUAUCUGCUGGCUCCAGCGAGGAAGAGCAAUUGAUGGACAGCAUCAAGCGCUUCAUUGAGGAGUCAGAGAAGGAGACGCACUGAGGCCCUGGACGGUCUUGCUGCUUGGAGGACCACGUCUACGCACCGUAAUGUAACCCAAAUCACCAGAGCGCUUCCACCUGCCUCCUGUGGUGUUUGCCCUUACCCGCAGUGCGCAGAGCUGAGCAUCAUAUCAUUAUGCCCGGCCA